AUUGCCUUUGAUAUUGAGAAGAAAGUUUCUGAUGAUGAAUUAUUGGAACUUGGACAAAAGAAGUUGUCUUCAGUACUGCAGACAUUUUUUAGUGGACAAUAGUGUUUUUCAUGUUGAAAGAUGUAUGAGUGUAAUGCAGUCUGGGACUCAGAUGAUUAAAUUGAAGAAUGGAGCCAAAGGUCUAGUGCGUCUUUUUUAUCUUGAUGAGCAUAGGACGUGCAUCAGAUGGAGGCCAUCCAGGAAAAGUGAAAAAGCAAAAAUCAUAAUCGAUUCUAUCUACAAAGUCACUGAAGGCCGGCAAUCGGAAAUAUUCCAUCGCCAUGCAGAGGGCAACUUUGAUCCAAGCUGCUGCUUUACAAUUUACCAUGGCAGCCAUAUGGAAUCCCUGGAUCUGAUAACUUCUAACUCAGAGGAAGCACGGACCUGGAUCACUGGGCUGAAAUAUUUGAUGGCUGGGAUAAGUGAUGAGGACUCUCUUGCUAAAAGACAGAGAACGCAUGAUCAUUGGGUGAAGCAGACUUUUCAGGAAGCUGAUAAGAAUGGUGAUGGUUUGCUGAACAUUGAAGAGAUUCACCAGUUGAUGCAUAAACUGAAUGUCAACCUGCCCAGAAGAAAAGUAAGACAAAUGUUUCAGGAGGCUGACACAGAUGAGAACCAGGGAACUUUAAACUUCGAAGAGUUUUCUGUGUUUUACAAGAUGAUGUCUCUGCGGCGUGACCUGUACUUGCUGCUUUUGAGCUACAGUGAUAAGAAAGACCACCUCACUGUUGAAGAUUUUGCUCAGUUUUUGAAGGUAGAACAGAAGAUGAAUAAUGUGACAGCAGAGUAUUGCUUAGACAUCAUAAGAAAAUUCGAGGUUUCAGAAGAAAACAAGAAUCAGAAUGUUCUGGGCAUAGAAGGCUUUACCAAUUUUAUGUGCAGUCCGGCCUGUGAUGUGUUCAAUCCACUGCACAGCGAGGUACAUCAGGAUAUGGAUCAACCUCUCUGCAACUAUUUUAUUGCUUCUUCCCACAACACAUAUCUAACUGGAGACCAGCUUCUGUCUCAGUCUAAAGUAGAGAUGUAUGCCCGAGUCUUACAAGAUGGCUGCCGAUGUCUUGAAGUUGAUUGUUGGGAUGGUCCGGAUGGAGAACCAGUUGUGCAUCAUGGCUACACCCUUACUUCCAAAAUACUUUUUAAAGAUGUAGUGGAUGUAAUAAACAAAAAUGCCUUUGCUAAGAAUGAGUUCCCAAUUAUAUUGUCUAUUGAAAAUCACUGUAGUGUUCAACAGCAAAAGAAAAUUGCUCAGUACCUCAAGGAGAUUUUCCGUGACAAGCUAGAUUUGACCUCUGUGAACACCGGGGAUCCCAGGCAGCUUCCAAGUCCUCAGAGUUUGAAAGGCAAAAUCCUAGUCAAGGGUAAAAAGCUCCCAUAUAGUCUUGGUGCAGAUGCUGAAGAAGGGGAGGUUUCUGAUGAAGACAGUGCUGAUGAAAUUGAAGAUGACUGCAAGUUAAAAUUUUCUUAUAGUAAUGGCACAACAGAGCAUCAAAUGGAGUCCUUUAUAAGAAAAAAACUUGAAUCCUUAUUAAAAGAGUCUCAAAUCAGAGACAAAGAAGAUCCUGAUAGCUUCACUGUGAGGGCACUUUUAAAAGCAACACAUGAGGGUUUAAAUGUAAAUUUUAAACAGAAUUUGGGUUUGAAGGACACUAGCAAAAAAUCCCACAGUAAACUCAUGGGCAGCUUUGGUAAACAUAAGAAGGCAGCUAAAUCAAAGUCCAAAUCUCACAGCACAUCUGAUGAUGAAGAUUCUCAGCAAAAUGCUUCUGGAAAAGAACCUGGACAAUUAUACAGCAGGUUGGCUCGGCGAAGAAAAACGAUGAAGCUAUGCCGCGACCUUUCUGAUUUAGUGGUGUACACAAAUUCUGUGGCAGCUCAAGACAUAGUUGAUGAUGGAUCAGUGGGGAAUGUGUUAUCCUUCAGUGAGACAAGAGCUCACCAGGUGGUCCAGCAGAAGCCAGAGCAGUUCAUCCUUUAUAACCAGAAGCAGCUCACCAGGAUCUAUCCAUCUGCCUACCGGAUUGACUCUAGCAACUUCAACCCUUUGCCAUAUUGGAAUGUUGGCUGCCAGCUUGUGGCAUUAAAUUACCAGUCUGAUGGGCGGGUGAUGCAGUUAAACCAAGCCAAGUUCAAGGUGAAUGGCAACUGUGGAUACAUCCUGAAACCUCAACAGAUGUGCAAAGGCGCUUUUAAUCCAUAUUCUGGAGAUCCUCUUCCUGCUCUCCCUAAGAAGCAACUUAUACUCAAAAUCAUCAGUGGCCAACAACUACCAAAACCUCCAGAUUCCAUGUUAGGAGACAGAGGAGAGAUAAUUGAUCCGUUCGUUGAAGUUGAAAUUAUUGGGUUACCAGCUGAUUGUUGCAAAGACCAGACCAGAGUUAUAGAUGAUAAUGGAUUCAACCCUGUUUGGGAAGAAACUCUGACUUUCACUAUCCACAUGCCUGAGAUAGCAUUGGUUCGAUUUCUAGUUUGGGAUCAUGACCCCAUUGGCCGAGAUUUUGUGGGACAAAGAACUGUGGCUUUCAGCAGCCUGAUGCCUGGCUAUCGUCAUGUUUAUUUAGAAGGACUGACGGAAGCUUCAAUUUUUGUUCAUAUAACCAUCAAUGAAAUUUAUGGAAAGAACAAGCAACUAAUAGGACUCCGAGGGCUUUUUAAUAAGAACCCCAAACAUAAUUCAGUGGAAAACGGUGCUCCUUAUAUUAGAAAAAGGUCACUUGGGGACCGAAUUCUCCGACGUACAGCCAGCGCUCCAGCGAAGGGCAGGAAAAAAAGCAAAAUGGGCUUUCAGGAAACCACUGACCUUAAGGAAAGUGUAUCUGAGACAUUGGACUUGAAAGAGAAGGAAGGAAUUUUCAGGCAAACAAGCAGAAGUUUACAAUUGCGUCCUAUCUCCAUGCCAGUUGAUAAAUAUCUUCUGGUGGGCUUGCCACCACCAGAUCAGGAUGCUACCAGAGUUGCUGAAGUUUCCAAAAGUGAAAGUACAUCUGCAGAAAGUAGAAACAAUGCAAGUGAGGAUUGUACAGAUGUGAAGAAAACCAUCUCCUCCUCUGAAAAAAAAUCAUCUUUUACAGAGUUUUCAUACCUGCUUAAGAAAGAUAUACCCAAGUCUGGUAGAUGUGAUACUUUUUGUCCAUAUGAAAAAGGAGAAAGCCUAAACUUUGCAAUUGGGAUAGCUGAAACCUAUUUCUCCACUGAGUAUUGGAAAAGUAAUCUUUCCAAUGAGUUUGUUCAUGUAAAGGAAGACCUUGAAAGAAAAAAACAUGAAGACAUAAGUUGCAUGGAUCAAAAGACACUGGAGAUAACUGCACUUUGCAAAGAAAAGAAGAAAAUAGCAGGAAAUUCUCUUCCUCCAGGAGAUGAAAUAGCGAAUAUUGAAUCUCCCCCGAUAUUAAAUACAGCUAUAACCAAUUUGUCAUCAACUGAACCAUCAUCUUCUAUUUGUUACGAUGUGUCCAGUUUUAAUGAUACCCCAGCCAUCCCUGAUAGUGACAUUUCUCAUCUGAUUAGUGAGGUCUCGGUAGCUGAUGAGAGAGAGAGGAAUAAUUCUAUCUCAGUGCUGAUAGAACAAGUUGAUGUCACAAGUGACCAAACUACCUUAGCUGUUGUUUCAAGUCCUUCUGUAAUUAAUAAACAGAACAAUAAUCUGAAGUCCAUACAUCUACCAUCUGCAUCACUGCAUGAUCAGAACAUCAUUUUGGAUCGUAAGUCUCUAAACUUAAAACCAGCUGGAUCAGCAACUGGUUCAACAGCAGAAAAUACUAUGAUAUCCACCCCGAAGACAACAGGGUGUUCUCUGUACACAAUUAUCCACGAGGCCUCUCUUUCUCCAGUUUCUCAGCCUGAAUCAAUGAAUGCAUUUGUUUGCAAAGAUGCAACCCAGGAUGCAAAAGACAGUUGCAUAAAUGAGGGUGCCAAAGACACUUGCUGCAUUUUACCUGUCACCAUGCAGAAAGCAAACCCUAAAAGAAAGUGUGUGACAAGCUGGGAAUUUCUCAGCAAUAGCAACUCCUACACUUCUGGCAGCUCAGACAUACAGAAUUCUAUAGUUGUCCCAGUCACUUGUGCAAAUUCUACGAGUAGCAGCCUAAUGGAAGCUGAUGCGGAGUUACAAGACCUCUUGAUAACUGCUUUUGAACAUAAGAUGCAAGAUAUGAGCCAAGUUGCUUCUCCUUUGAAGCUUAAGCAUGGUCAGGAUACACUAUACUAUAACAAAACCAUAUGUGAACACCUAAAGAGCAUGGACUUUCACAGUGAAAACCUAGUUGAGGAUUUAAAGUUUAAGAAUGGUAAGAAUCAGCAUCUUCCAUACCCAUGUCACCAGAGCUCUGAUCUUUUGUACAAUAAUUGUACACAAAUUUCAGAUACACAGAAGGAAUUGCUAAACAUUCCUCAAAUAGCCAGCAUCAAUGCUGCUCUUAAGCCUAAGAAUGCUCUGCCUUCACCUUUUCCUGGAACUCAGAAGCAACCGAGCCCUUGUAAAUCGAAAAGUCUUGGUGACUUAACCUCAGAAGAUAUCUCAUGCAAUUUUGAGAGCAAGUACAAAUAUAUUAGUAGAGGUUUUAUUACAUCCGGUAUGAGAGACAACAUGGUGGCCACUCUGAAGGCCAAGAAACCACCGACUACAGACACCUUGACUGAACAGCUGCGAAAACUCGUGUCUUUUGAUCAGGAAGAGAGUUGCCAGUCAUUUUGUUCUAAGCAAAAUGAUGAUUGCCCAAAAAUGCUGGUCAGAAAACUGUCAUCCAGAAGUCAGAGCAGAGUGAGAAAUAUUGCUAGCCGUGCCAAGGAGCGACAAGAAGCCAACAGACAAAAACUUUCUAGUGUUAGCAGUAAUGUAACAGACAUAGUCCUUCGAAAUAAGUCCCCAGUACUGCCUCAUAUCAUCAAUAGGCAUUCCACUGGAUCUUAUAUAGCAAGCUAUCUAGACAACUUCAACACAGAUGACCUGGAAUGCAGAGGGGUCCCAGAAGGUGCAUGUUCAUCUUUGCGUUUGGGAUACAGUGACCAGUUUUGUACAGAUGACUCUCUUUUAGAGACCAAACCAAGUGAAGAAGACAAACCAGAAAUCUAUUUUCUCCUAAGACUGUAAAUUGUAUAAAUGCAUAUCUUCAUUGUUUACAGGCUCUCUCACUGAAUGAAGGAUUUAUCAGUAAGCAGUGCAUCCAUUAGCAUUUAAAUUACUCCGAUUUUUUGUUUUGUUACUGCUUGAAUCUUGUAAUUAAUUAGUAUGUCCAUUUUGAUAAAGGUUUGUGUAGAUAGAUGUGGUGAAACUUCAUGUAUGUUUUUUUCAGUUUUAGAAUCUCUACACUUGUUGCUUUCUGUAUGAAGUGAAUCCUGCUGUCCUGUCUUUGCAAACCACAUACAACAGAAUUUGGUACAGUUGUUGGUCAGCAUGUAAUGCUGUGUUUACUGCACUUUUUAACUUCUAAAGAUUUUUAGAGUAAUUAUAAUUCAUCAUAUAAUUCUCUCCCUGAAGAAGUAAUUACAUUAUUUUUAAUCUAAUGCCUUUUCCAGAUUAAAAACUGUCCUAAAUUUAAAUUUCAUACCUCCAUCCAUAUUUAAUAGAUAAUAAUAAAUUCCCUACACUGAGGCAAACAGAACAUUCAUUCACAAACUGCAGAAACAUUCAUUGUUUGCAAAAAGUUCUGUAGUGCUUAUUUUAGUUUGUCAGAUUAUAUAUCCCAUUUCUUCUUCUGUGGCUGCUGCUCUAAUUAUUUCAACUAGACUUCCAAGAAAUCCAGUUCUUCCCCUAAUUGUUGCUUUGCAGCAAUACAAGUGUGAUUUAGUGCGACUAAAUACUCAUGUAAAUUUGUUUGCUGGAUCUCCAUUUCAUGGUAGAGAUUUGUUUGUUUUGACAUCAGCAUGUUGGAGCACAGUAAAUAGUGGAUAUUCCCCCAAAGAAUAUCCUCUGAAGUGAUGUAAAGAUUCAUGCUUCUUUCAUUGGCUGCUUGGCUGUUUGAAUUACAUGUCACUGUGAUGUCAAAGAGCUCAAGAGUUCAAUUGUUUUCUGUUGCUGAUAAUGAAUAAAGACAAGAUCGGGCCAAGCAGUUGACAAAGUUGCUUUGCAGGACUGUGUCCAUGCAAAUCAUUAAAGCAGCUGCGUCCUCUAGCAGCCUCACACAGUUACUUGGAAGACAGUUUCCAGCUGUCUGCACACAGCAGCCUGAGUUGAAAUGUCACUGCUGCAUUUGCCCCUUCAAACAACUGGUUAGUGAGCAUUCCAGAGGAUGUGGCUCCUUUAAUCCUUUAAGCAGGAAUUCAUGCUAAUACACUUGCACAGCUCUGUUAAAGACUAGUGAUUUCUUAGAAGUAUCUCCUUGUUCUUAAAGGACGUGUCCAUACUUUACAACUAUAUUAAGGUAUGGCCACAACUGCGACCCACAGAAACCCACCGCUGCAAUUUCAGUUUAAGGAAGAACACUAGCAAACUAUAUGUAUUUGCUUUCUCAUCUACAGUAGAACCUCAUUUUUAAAACAUGCAGGUAUCUUCACGCUAGUUAAGCGGUGUGUUCACAGAGGUCAGUGCAGAUGUAAUACUACAUAAUUUCC